CCGCGGCGGCGGCGGAGAGGAGGCCGCGAUGUGAGCCGGCUGCCUGCGGGCGGAUGGCCGAGGGCAGUCCUGCCGGCGGCGGGGCCGCCCCGGGGGAAACGGCGGGCGCCCUGGGCGCCCCGGGCGGGCCCGCAGGUCGGAAUCUGAAGGAGUGGCUGCGGGAGCAGUUCUGCGACCACCCCCUGGAGCACUGCGAGGACACCCGGCUCCACGAUGCAGCCUACGUGGGGGAUCUGCCCACGUUGAAGAGCUUGCUGGAGGAGGAGAGCUUCCAGAGCCGGAUCAAUGAGAAGUCGGUGUGGUGCUGCGGCUGGCUGCCCUGCACUCCUCUGCGCAUUGCUGCCACUGCUGGCCACGGCCCCUGUGUCGACUUCCUCCUCCAGAAAGGGGCUGAGAUCGACCUGGUGGAUGUGAAGGGGCAGACCGCCCUCUACGUGGCUGUGGUCAACGGGCACCUCGAGUGUGCCAAGAUCCUGCUGGAAGCUGGAGCCGACCCCAACGGCAGCCGGCACCAUCGCAGCACACCUGUCUACCAUGCAGCGCGUGUGGGCCGGGCAGAUAUCCUCCAGGAGCUGAUCAGAUAUGGUGCAGAUGUGGAUGUGAAUCACCACCUCGCUUCUCGGGUCUCCAGCCCCUCCUUGCGCCCCCUCACCACACUUGUGGUCUGUCCACUAUACAUCAGUGCUGCCUACCACAACCUUCAGUGCUUCCGGCUGCUGCUCCAGGCUGGAGCCAACCCAGAUUUUAAUUGCCGUGGGCCGAUCAACAUCCAGGGCUUCUCUCGGGGCUCACCGGUGUGUGUGAUGGAUGCUGUCCUGCGGCACGGCUGUGAUGCGGCGUUCAUCCACCUCUUGAUUGACUUUGGAGCCAACCUGAACCUGGUGAAGGUGGAGGCCUUGGAAUUUGACUCCACAGGGAGGGUCAAAGUCAACCCUGAGGCUCUGCAAGUCUUCAAAGAAGCACGAGGCCGCGCCCGGAGCCUGUUGUCUCUCUGCCGCAUAGCUGUACGAAGAAUACUUGGCAAAUCUCGUCUGGAUCUGAUCCAUAUCCUUCCAGUCCCAGACCCCAUUAAACAGUUUUUACUUCAUGAGCACAGUUAAAGGGCAACCGGCUGCUUUCUGGGACAGUUUGAUUUGCUAAACGAAGGCCCCGUUGCACAGAUGGGAGAGCAGCAGAAUGUGUAAUCCUAUCCCAUCUGAGUCGUUUCUACAGACCACCAGACCUGCUGUGGCACGUUAGCUCGCCUUCCAGCACUGUGAUGGAUGAGGCAAGGGUUGGCCAGUCCUCCUGCCAACUGCCCAGGACACUGCUGUAGCACAAAUGAGAAGAUACAGACAGAAGAGGAAAUAGUAUUUUCACCUAUGGAAACUGAACAGCACGGAGUUCAUUGCAGGGAUGAUGUGAUCCCUGUGGUUCAGUCACUGCUGCAGUGGUGGUGGGUCAAGGACUGAGAUACUCAGACGAAGCCAGAAUGUGAACCUGGAAGAUUUCUAGGGUACUUUCUGGAAAAGCAAUGACCAAACACAUCCAUUCACUGUAAAAUUGGUUUGAAUGUUUGAGAAUGACCAAGAAUGACCAGGAGUGGAGGGGCUGCUAAAUUAAAUUGUUUCUUGCAGUGCUGGAUAGUGGUUGAUGCAAUGGCUGUGAAUAUAUCUGUGUGAUUAUGAAGAAAAAGAUAACAAAAAUUAUCUGUAGACUGCCUUCUUGCUAUAUUCCAGUGAUUGUGAUCUUGCUGAAGGCCCAGUAAAGUAGCUGACAAUGCAGAGCACAUAGAAAUUCCUACCUACCUUUUAGUCCUUACCUCACAUGACCAGACAGAUCCACUUGACAGGCAUUUUUGUUUGAUCCUGCUUCUCUCAGCACUGUGGAGAAGGGAGAAGAAAGGAUUUUUUAUCUUUUAUCGAAGAAUCAGGAGGUAGCAUGAUUCUGAAUGAAGCAGUCCUUUAUAGAGCCUAUGCCAGCAGUGUUUUACCCUGAAUGAGUGCUCUGCUCUUAGACACUCCUUGAAUUGCUGCGCACUUCAGAUCAAUUGCUGAAGGAGGGGUAAGUUGCAUGUCUUUUAGUUGGAGAUACAUGCUUACAAAUACCUAAAGAAAGAGCAGAAAGGUGAAUAGGGUGUAGCACUAGUUUAUGAAAUGCUUCUUUCCAGAUGCGCCAGUGACUGCAAAGUCACAGCUCAGUUCCUGGUCUUCGCACUGAGAUAUUUUUUGUGGUGGAGUUUGAUAAGCAGCAGUGAACUUCUUUGUAUGUUUUUAUUAUCUGCUGAAGCAUCUUUCUGAGAUGCUUUUGCAGAAGGAGGAAGGGCAGGAAGAAAUGGAGACUCUUGAUUGUUUCCUUUUAUUUCUGUUCCGUGCCUGGGCCUGGAAGAGCAGUCUUGUACAUUGCUCUGCUCACUUAUCUUAGGAUAAGGAGGCAAGAUUUGCAUUACUGAGCAUUACACUGUUGAGAAAAGGCUGAAAUGCGAUGGUCACACUCACUCACUGUUCAGACCCUUUCAAAAAUCCUCAUCAGAUGAGAUAUAAUGGCAAGGCUGUGUAGCUAUGGGCGUGCUUUCAAGGUGAGAAGGCAGCAGUAUUGCAUUGUUUCCUUUUCAGCCUUGCAGAUGGUUUAGGUUUUCACCGUAUGGGAGGCUAGGGCAGCCCAUGAGCAUUUUGCCUGAGAGUUGUGUGCCUGCUUUAUGGAAGUGUUAACAUGCCUAAAAGAUGCAGGCAGGUUGUAAAGCCGCUUGUCACCUUGCUGGUAGAACCAUAAUGUUUUGCAGGAGCACGGACCAAACAUAUUCUCUAACCCUAGUGUACAGAGGCAGAAAAUGAGGGAGGAUGUCUAGAGAAAAUGCCAUGGCAACAGCUUCUUUGGGUCGACUUUUUCACUCCAGUUUUUACUUCUUCACAUAGUUUUGCAAACCACUCACACAUUAGUGCCUUUUGGGAGAAAGUAGCUGGGAAGAGGUGGAAGGCACGUGCUCCUCUGGGGAGGCAUAACAAAUAACUCAGUGCACAGUGUAACUAGAAUGCACAGUUAAAGCUAAGCCUCUGCAGAUAUAUCUGUUACAAGUUUCAUUAUAGCUGCCUUCUGUAUUUGGUCUGUUGACUGUUGUGCCCUUGAUUGACACUGUCCUACAUCUUUCCUGUGGAUAGUCAGCCAGUGAAGCCUUACCCAGGCCAACAGUUGUAGCCCUCCUUCUGUGCUCCCAGCCAUGGGAGUGUGAGUUGGAAAAGCACUCUUUCCGUGGGCUGUCAGGUUCUGAUAGGAUUCCUUUGUAGGUCCUGUUGGUAAGCUCAAGCUAUGCUGAGGGUGGGGGCUUCAGCCUUGGUUAGUUCCCAUUCUUUAUUUAUGAUUUGAAGUACAGUAAUCAUGAUGCUCUAACAGUGUGCUGAACUUUGUGCUUCGGGGUGGUCCUUUUGACCUCACAUCUAAGGACCAUACGGGUCUCCAAAUCCAACCUGUGUGGAGUUCCAAGUAUUCCCCUCACAGUGAAUACCUCAAGUCCCUGAGCCCUGUGGAUCAAAGGAUGGUUGCCACACUCAUAGCAAACAAGCUUAAAGUUCAACAAGCACUUGGGUGUCUGCACAAUCAAACCUUGGAAGUGCAGGAGGCUUUUUGCUGGACUGCCCACCCAUCUGCCAUCUUAACUGAGGGACUGUGCCUCCUGCCAAGGUUUCAGCCUUAAACCUGAGUGGACGACCUUUUUGAGGGACUGAAGAGAGUCCAGUGCUUUAGAACAACUCACGUAACAUUAAGCUGUAAGUGUGAAGGCUGCUGCUGGAGUUGUCCUUGUGGACAUUUGUUGCUAGGCAGCAUAAACCCAGCUUUGCCUAGAUGAAAUGGUUUGGUACACAGAAUAUCUGCAAUUUUCAUUGUAAUAAUGAAUCUCAAAUUAGAUUUAUGAUGUCCUGCAGGGCCACAGCACAUAUCCUCUGGCUGUCCCUGUCCCUUUAAACCCAGUAAACAAUAGUCUUCCAGUAUGAAAUCUGAGUAAUAAUAUGCAUAUAUUAUGUCUUCACACUAUGUAAGUGACAUUUAUUUUUGCCUUAAUUCAGACUUUACCAUUUCCUCCUAUGUAGCAAUACAUUUUUUUGUAAAAGUAUUGUUUUCCAUGCAGACUGGGAGGCGUGCUCAGAUAACAUGAAUAACCAGUGAGACAUGGGAAACUGAACAGUUCUGCAGUGUGCAUCUCCUCCACUGAGGAAUGCCUGUUGUAUUUGUGCAUUAUGUAUGAAGUGUGCAUUGUGUGGCCUUGCUGUAAGUAUGGGGUGGGAUGAGAUUUGGAAAAUGGUUAAAGAACUGAAGCAGAUCUGGAAUAAGCAAAGAUAUGCAAGAGAGUCUUUUUCUUGUGGGUUUUCUUUGUUCUAUAGGGACUUUUGAGAGCAGGAGAUGCUGGUAGCUGGCGUAAUACCCAAAUGUAACUUCCUGUCAUUUGGGUGUUGUGCAAAUGGCAGAAUGAAAUCUACCAGGUUGCAGUGUUUGUUGCUUUUUUUUUUUUUUUCCCUUAUUCAAAUAAAGCACUUUUUACACCAAAACCGGCCUUUGAGGCGCAGCACCUCUUUAGCCCAUUAAAGAAGGGGGUCUAGGAACCUGCCCAGGACAAAGCAGAGGUGACAGCCAAGAGUGUUGCUUCAAGGAACACUAUUCAGUGCUCCUUUCUUUUGCCCAGGGUAGAAGGAUUGUGCACAGCAGUAAGAUUUGAUCCAAGAGCAGAUAGGAGAUAUCUGUGGUGGGUCUGUGUGUAGCUAAAUAAAGAUGUUCCAGUGCAAGA